GCUAUAUCGGCCCUCCUAAAAUCACUGUAUAAUUCGCACACUCGACUGUAAUCUGCAAUCUUCAGGUAACUGAGCCUCUGGCCAACACUGUCCUGCUUUCAGCUAUAGUUCUCGCCUGUGGAGGGAAGAUGACUUUCUACGAUGGCAUUUACCCGUUUUACUCCCUACAAAGGAGCCCGUUCAUCGUCGACAUCAGCCUGCUGGUCGCGAUCCUGGUUUUCUCGGUUCUGGCUGUCAGUUUCCUCUUCAUUCUACCGGGAAUACGUGGCAAAUCGAGACUGUUCUGGACGUUCAGGAUAAUCAUUAGUUUAUUUAUUGGAGUUGUUUUAGUAGUGUUGAAUUUUACUGGAGACUGGGCUGAAGCCAGCGUGAAAGCCAACGCCAGCUACAAAUCCUUCAGUAAUGCUGUGGUGUCCGCUGAGGUGGGACUUCAUGUGGGGCUGUAUGGCAUAAACAUCACACUCAAAGGCGACCCAGUAUUGCAGAUAAAUGAGACCAUUGACUACAACGAGAUCUUCAGGUGGUCGAGCAGCGUAGAUGAGCAGUACGAUGACGCGUUGGAGCGAGGUCUUCCCAACCCCAUCCUUUACAUCGCAGAGAAGUUCACUCGCAACAGCGCCUGCGGCCUCAUCUACCAGUACAGCUACUCAGGCCGCUUCGCCUCAGCCAAUCUGUGGACGGCUUUUUGCUGCUGGCUAGUGGCCAAUAUCCUCUUCUCAAUGCCUGUCAUCCUCUACGCCGGUUAUAUGAUGAUAGCCACGGCCGCUUUCAUUUUCUUCUCCAUGGCUUCCUUCUCAACUAUAUUCAAUGUGAUCCCAUGUGACUUCAGUAUAGGUGCAGAGUCUUUAAAGACAGAUUACAGCCAUUCCUUCUGGAUCGCUUUGGCUACAGGUUUGCUGUGCGCUGUGAUUGGUUUGGUGGUGGUGCUACUGGACUGUCUGUGUUCUGCGAGGAUGAGGGAGGUGUUCAGUGUGGGCGUGGACAACGAGGAUGAUGAAUGCCAUACUGGUGAAGGCUACCUCAACUCAGGCUUUCUAGAGGGAGUGAUCUAUGAUAACAACACACAGACAGGAAAUGUGUCCUCGUCUCAGCAGAUCACUACAUUAACAGUACGUUUCAAAGCACAAAGAAAUGCAUUUGCAUUAACAUUAUCUGAAAAGAAAAAAGAUUUGGUCAUCAUUUACUCACAAUCAUGUUAUUCCAAACCUGUAUGAGUUUCUUUCUUCCGUGGAACACAAAAGAUGUUCUGAAGAAUAUACAUGCUGCUCUUUUCCAUACAACAAAAGCAUAUAACUAUUUACACCAAAAUUGUGUCAUUGGUUUAAAAUUCAAUGUCUUUGCUGUUUGAUUAAAUAUUAGUGUUUUUUUUUUUUUUUUUUUUACAGCGACUCUAAGGGGCUGUGUGCUGCCAUCCACAACUACUACUUGAAAACUUACACACUGAAUUGCUGGGGGGAAACUGCAUAAUCAUAAGUACUGUAUAUAUGUAUAUAAUGCACAAAAUUAAAAUACAAAUUCUACAAUCUGUCUAUUUCCAUUAUUUGUGUUACAGUUCUUUUUAGUCAAAUGCGAUAACAUUUGGCAAUACCAAGAGUGAAUUCAUAACCAUAUGAGCAUUGUUUCAUUUGAAAUACAGUCUGCAUUGAUUUUUUUUCAAUGUGUGAUCCAUCUGAAAUCGGAAGUUCAAAGGUAAUUUGAUUUUUAAUUCUAAAAUAAUGAAUUUAUGAGUAAUUAAUAUGCACACACACACCAUUAGCUAAUAAAACCAUAAAAAAUAUUUUCAUUCCUUAAAAAAGAAAUAAAUGUUAAUUGAAAAUCACAUCUAUAUGAA